AUGCAUCUUCGACUCAGAAGGGGUCAGAAUUCAUCAGAAUUCACGGCCGAGCUAUGCCUAGCAGCAGACUGGCUGAAUGACGCCGACGCUCCACGCUCCACGCGUUUUUGGUUGCUGGCCGAAAUUUCGUCGACCCAAACCGAUGAAAUUCAAAUUAUUGACAACCUGUCAAUUCCCUCCAAGGCCUUUGCCGUUGAUUGGCAGAAUGGCCGAUCCGCGCUCUUUGUUCUGGCCGCCGCCGUCCUAGACUCAGACCCAUUGUACGACACCGUUUCGGACUUUUCAGGGUGGCCGUGUGCCAUGUCGUCGGCUGGGCCUGUUCUGCUUGGGCGUGUCAGGUGUGCACUGGACGGACCAGUGAAAGCUGCUGCAGGCGAUGUGGACGUGACGGAGGUGCCUGGAUCACCAUCAGAACUUGAUUCGCCAAUCCGACGCCGGGAUCAGAGCCAAACCUGGUGGAUUCAGAGAUGGACUCAUCGCACAUUUCUUUGUGUGGCCGUGAUUGUCGCCGCCUGCCUGUCUGGUGCACUUGUAUAUGCUCUUCAUGAUUCCUCUUCUUACAAGUCUGACUCCAUUUUUCUUGUUUGCUUUCUUAUUGCGAGCAAUGCGCUAGCUGGGGCAGCAGCUGUCUUUCUGUGGCUCAUUGCCCCAACGCAACACCUGCUUCUGGCAGCACGCUUUUUGAUGCUCAACUGGCUUGGAGGAUUAUGCUCCCUGUUUCUACUAGGCUUCAGGCCGCUUGUCUUGGUUUUUGAAUUUCUGGGGCUGCAAUAUCUCGCCCAAGAUCGUUUGAAGAGUAUUUGGCCAGCUUUGAACUCCCCACGAUGGGGAGCAUGCCUUGGGCGAGCCUUUUGGCUUGAAUUUGCACUCCUGUCAUUUCUUCUUUAUCUGACGCUGAUGAUUUUGGUGGUGCCGAGGGUUAAUUUCGAUUUGAUCCCUGUGGUAGCAUUUACUGCACAACUCCUUGCUGCGCUUGUGUUCGUGAUGUGGGUCCUUGGCGUUGCCACCACGUUGUGCCGCGUAGUCUUGAUGCUUCGUCGAGCCGUGCAGAUGGCUCGAAAAGAAGAGAAUUCCGCUGCUGUGCAACGCCUUAUUGCUUGUAGGAGACGGAGCUUUUGGCAAGGAAUUGGCUUCCUUGCCAGUUUGGCAACAACCUUUAGUCUCUUUAAGGUUACUGACAGUGAGGUUUUCGAGACUCCUCUUGAUGAUCCUGGACAUUAUUGGGGCUUGCACAUCCCCAGCUUCUCUUUUGCCGUCGCUCAGUGUAUCAACAGCGUGGUGAACGUGGCCGGGGUUAUCCUCUUGUCAAAAGCAUAUAGACUUUUUAGACUGCCUGGAUCUGCAAGGCCCCCCGCCCUCUCAUGGACUCCAUCCAGAUUUGGCUGCCAAGUGUGUCCCCGCUCUCACUUACGCCAUGACAGUGACACUGACACUGGCAUGAUAAAGGGGUCAGAUUGGGAAGCAAAGACUGAAGAACUGGCCAGCCGUGGGAUCUCUUUGUCAGACAUAUUGGAAUUUUACAGCAAUUUGGGCUUCGGCAUUAUGCCGUCCUUCCAGCCAGAUGUUCACACCACCAACGAUGUGGUUAGACUUGGAAUCAUUCCACGAACUUCUUCCGCUGGUAGCUCCUAUGCUGAGUUUGUGAACAAUGGCAAGAAGGUGAUCCCUAAGAAAAUGGUCACGCACAACUGGCAAAAUCUCUUCCGUGACCUGCUAGCUAGCGUCAUUGCUGAUGCUCUGGGAGAACACAACUUCGAGCUGAUUGCGAAGUUGUUAUCCGACAAGGAAGGGGUUGAGGUUGUGGAGCAAAUUCUCCAGGUUCAAGAGCGUCUUCAGGAAACCUACUGGAUCUGUGCGUUUUCAGUCAAUCAGCACGCUUCAAUUUGUGGAGGAAACCCCAACGGAGACGUCGAUCCAGUCACAAAAAUCCCACAUCCCAUAUGCACUUGCAACGCUCCAAAGUUCUUCAAUAAGGACCCACCAUUGAAUGAGCAUGGUGAGAGCAUCAAGUGUGAGAUGAACAAAUUUGAUGACAUGAUGGCAUUUCUGGCACGAAAAGAUCCAAAUUUUACAGAGGUCAUUGCUGUGGAUGCCAACCUGGACCUAUUUGGGCGUGCCUGGUGUGUGGCGGAAUUGUUUGAAGCUCAUCGCAUAGGCAUGGCGCAGAACCUGAUGCUGAGGAACACUGCUACCUUGAUGACGAGGCAACGCACCUUGCAAGACAUCAGGGUGGAAGAUAUGAAAGCCAGCCGUCCUGAAGAUGUACAACAAAUUCUAGCAAAGAUCCCAGACACGAAGGCAUUCAAUGAGAAGCUGCAAGAAUUGAUUUUCGAUGGGCAAGUAGGGCUAUUGGCUGCUCGCAAGAAGGCAGACGUGCUAGAACAAAUGGAAGACCUCUCUUAUAUGGCGGAGCACUCAUUUGGCGCAGAUGGAUCUGCAGCUCAAGCUGACCGACGCAGGGACAACCUCAAGAGCAGGUUGCCCCUCGCCCCGAAGAGGGCACAUGAAAACGCAGGGAUCUCGGGUGGUCUUGGCGGGGUGGUUCCAGGUGCCGCGUCCCAUCGGAAUGAUGCUGGGACACGACGCUGGACUUCGAAGGCGGCUUGGCUCCUAAUUGAAGUUGUCCACAGACGACUUGAUGGCUGCUGCCUUCACGCUUUAAUCCACGCUGGGCGCAACAGGCUCGAGUUGCCGGCAUGGCUGAAUUACUGGGCAAACACUGAGCCAAGGCCUUUGCCGUUGAUUGGCAGAAUGGCCCGCCGACCUGCGCUCUUUGUUUUGGCCCCCGCCGUCCUAGACUCAGACCCGUUGUACGACACCGUUUCGGAAGUUUUCCGAGAAUUCCGGAGAUCUGCAGUGUCUGAGAAGUUCGGAAGUUUGAAGUUCUCAUGCCUUACAAGGUCCAUCAAGGUCGCGGCAGCAAAGGCCUGGGAACGGGGCUGGGUGGAGUUGAAUUUGGGACAGGAUCUCGCUGAUGUGACAACUGAGAGGAACUUUAGAUUCACCUUCGCUCGGGGCGAGAAAGUGUGUGCACUGGCCGGACCAGUGAAAGCUGCUGUAGGCGAUGUGGACGUGACGGACGUGCCUGGAUCACCAUCAGAACUUGAUUCGCCAAUCCGAAGCCGGGAUCAGAGCCAAACCUGGUGGAUUCAGAGCUGGACUCAUCGCACAUUUCUUUGUGUGGCCGUGAUUGUCGCCGCCUGCCUGUCUGGUGCACUUGCAUAUGCUCUUUAUGAUUCCUCUUCUUACAAGUCUGACUCCAUUUUUCUUGCUGGCUUUCUUAUUGCGAGCAAUGCGCUAGCUGGGGCAGCAGCUGUCUUGCUGUGGCUCAUUGCCACAACGCAACACCUGCUUCUGGCAGCACGCUUUUUGGUUAAUUUCGAUUUGAUCCCUGUGGUAGCAUUUACUGCACAACUCCUUGCUGCGCUUGUGUUCGUGAUGUGGGUCCUUGGCGUUGCCACCACGUUGUGCCGCGUUGUCUUGAUGCUUCGUCGAACCGUGCAGAUGGCUCGAAAAGAAGAGAAUUCCGCUGCUGUGCAACGCCUUCUUGCUUGUAGGCCCCCCGCCCUCUCAUGGACUCCAUCCAGAUUUGGCUGCCAAGUGUGUCCCCGCUCUCACUUACGCUAUGACAGUGACACUGACACUGGCAUGAUAAAGGGGUCAGAUUGGGAAGCAAAGACUGAAGAACUGGCCUGUCGUGGGAUCUCUUUGUCAGACCUAUUGGAAUUUUACAGCAAUUUGGGCGUCGGCAUUAUGCCGUCCUUCCAGCCAGAUGUUCACACCACCAACGAUGUGGUUAGACUUGGAAUCAUUCCACGAACUUCUUCCGCUUGUAGCUCCUAUGCUGAGUUCGUGAACGAUGGCAAGAAGGUGAUCCCGAAGAAAAUGGUCACGCACAACUGGCAAAAUCUCUUCCGUGACCUGCUAGCUAGCGUCAUUGCUGAUGCUCUGGGAGAACACAACUUCGAGCUGAUUGCGAAGUUGUUGUCCGACAAGGAAGGGGUUGAGGUUGUGGAGCAAAUUCUCCAGGUUCAAGAGCGUCUUCAGGAAACCUACUGGAUCUGUGCCUUUUCAGUCAAUCAGCACGCUUCAAUUUGUGGAGGAAACCCCAACGGAGACGUCUAUCCAGUCACAAAAAUCCCACAUCCCAUAUGCACUUGCAACGCUCCAAAGUUCUUCAAUAAGGACCCACCAUUGAAUGAGCAUGGUGAGAGCAUCAAGUGUGAGAUGAACAAAUUUGAUGACAUGAUGGCAUUUCUGGCACGAAAAGAUCCAAAUUUUACAGAGGUCAUUGCUGUGGAUGCCAACCUGGACCUAUUUGGGCGUGCCUGGUGUGUGGCGGAAUUGUUUGAAGCUCAUCGCAUAGGCAUGGCGCAGAACCUGAUGCUGAGGAACACUGCUACCUUGAUGACGAGGCAACGCACCUUGCAAGACAUCAGGGUGGAAGAUAUGAAAGCCAGCCGUCCUGAAGAUGUACAACAAAUUCUAGCAAAGAUCCCAGACACGAAGGCAUUCAAUGAGAAGCUGCAAGAAUUGAUUUUCGAUGGGCAAGUAGGGCUAUUGGCUGCUCGCAAGAAGGCAGACGUGCUAGAACAAAUGGAAGACCUCUCUUAUGUGUUGAAAUGGGCAAGGCUUUCGGAGAGCACAGAUGGCGGAGCACUCAUUUGGCGCAGAUGGAUCUGUGCAGCUUUACAUUCUUCGGCGCAUGGCAACGCUGAGUCGCUGAGGUCCAUCAAGGUCGCGGCAGCAAAGGUGGAGUUGAAUUUGGGACAGGAUCUUGCUGAUGUGACAACUGAGAGGAACUUUAGAUUCACCUUCGCUCGGGGCGAGAAAGUGUGUGCACUGGACGGACCAGUGAAAGCUGCUGCAGGCGAUGUGGACGUGACGGACUUUUUGGUGGUGCGGGGGGUUAAUUUCGAUUUGAUCCUUGUGGUAAUAUUAUCCACUGCAGCAGACCUUGUAAUGCUUGUGUUCGUGAUGUGGGUCCUUGGCGUUGCCACCACGUUGUGCCGUGUAGUCUUGAUGCUUCGUCGAACCUUGCAGAUGGCUCGAAAAGAAGAGAAUUCCACUGCUGUGCAGCGCCUUAUUGCUUGUAGGAGACGGAGCUUUUGGCAAGGAAUUGGCUUCCUUGCCAGUUUCGCAACAAGCGUUAUUCUCUUUCAAGUUGCUUUUAGUGAGGCUUUCGAGUUCGAGACUCCUGAUGAUGAUCCUGGACAUUAUUGGGGCUUGCACAUCCCCAGCUUCUCUUUUGCUGUAGCUCAGUGUAUCAACAGCGUGGUGAACGUGGCCGGGGUUAUCCUCUUAUCGAAAGCAUACAGACUUUUUCGACUGCCUGGAUCUGCAAGGCCCCCCGCCCUCGCAUGGACUCCAUCCAGAUUUGGCUGCCAAGUGUGUCCCCGCUCUCACUUACGCCAUGACAGUGACACUGACACUGGCAUGAUAAAGGGGUCAGAUUGGGAAGCAAAGACUGAAGAACUGGCCAGCCGUGGGAUCUCUUUGUCAGACAUAUUGGAAUUUUACAGCAAUUUGGGCUUCGGCAUUAUGCCGUCCUUCCAGCCAGAUGUUCACACCACCAACGAUGUGGUUAGACUUGGAAUCAUUCCACGAACUUCUUCCGCUGGUAGCUCCUAUGCUGAGUUUGUGAACAAUGGCAAGAAGGUGAUUCCUAAGAAAAUGGUCACGCACAACUGGCAAAAUCUCUUCCGUGACCUGCUAGCUAGCGUCAUUGCUGAUGCUCUGGGAGAACACAACUUCGAGCUGAUUGCGAAGUUGUUAUCCGACAAGGAAGGGGUUGAGGUUGUGGAGCAAAUUCUCCAGGUUCAAGAGCGUCUUCAGGAAACCUACUGGAUCUGUGCGUUUUCAGUCAAUCAGCACGCUUCAAUUUGUGGAGGAAACCCCAACGGAGACGUCGAUCCAGUCACAAAAAUCCCACAUCCCAUAUGCACUUGCAAUGCUCCAAAGUUCUUCAAUAAGGACCCACCAUUGAAUGAGCAUGGUGAGAGCAUCAAGUGUGAGAUGAACAAAUUUGAUGACAUGAUGGCAUUUCUGGCACGAAAAGAUCCAAAUUUUACAGAGGUCAUUGCUGUGGAUGCCAACCUGGACCUAUUUGGGCGUGCCUGGUGUGUGGCGGAAUUGUUUGAAGCUCAUCGCAUGGGCAUGGCGCAGAACCCGAUGCUCAGGAACACUGCUACCUUGAUGACGAGGCAAAGCACCUUGCAAGACAUCAGGGUGGAAGAUAUGAAAGCCAGUCGUCCUGAAGAUGUGCAACAAAUUCUAGAAAAGAUCCCAGACAAGAAGGCAUUCAAUGAGAAGCUGCAAGAAUUGAUUUUCGAUGGGCAAGUAGGGCUAUUGGCUGCUCGCAAGAAGGCAGACGUGCUGGAACAAAUGGAAGACCUCUCUUAUGUGUUGAAAUGGGCAAGGCUUUCGGAGAGCACAGACGGCGGAGCACUCAUUUGGCGCAGAUGGAUCUGUGCCACGUCCCAUCGGAAUGAUGCUGGGACACGUCGAUUGCUACCUGGAAUCCUUGUCUCAGCUGAUGCAAAGCUGGACGGUGAAGUGAAGAAAGCCGGGACUGCCGUGUUUUUCCAAAAGUCGCUGGCCGCAUUUCUGCAGAAUGAUUCCCUCCGGGUCUUGCACCCGGAGAGCGGUUUGGUACGAGGCUACUUGGGAAACACCGAAUGCCGCAGAUACGAUAAAUACUCGCAAAACCGGAACUGCCAAGGUCGCGUAGCAGAGUUUUGGGAAAGGGCGCUAGAUGAGCUCAACCAGUCCCAAGUUAGAAUUGACCAUACAGUCAUCAGAAGGGGUGAGGAGGGCAUCGACCAAUACUUUAUUGACUACAACCUCACGAAGGCUUUUGAAGAGUACAAGGGAAGAUUUCCGAAGGAAUGGUCUGAAAGGCAAGCAAUGACCUUCAUGAUCGAGUUGUACACCUCUCCAGUCUUCAUGGUAUCCAAAAGCAAGUGUAAUUUCUUUGCGUCAGAAGACUGGGGAUCUUGGAAGUUCUGGUUCUGGUGGGUUGAUGUCUUCAGUCUCGGAGCUUGGGGUUUCUUCGUGGGAGUGGUAUUCUUCUUCAUUGUCGCCAUGAAAGGCCUUGACAAAUGCCUUGACUGCCUUGGCAAUCUUGACAGACAAUCCGGAGAAGAGCCUGAAGAGCAGGGAGAGCCCGAAGAGCCACCCGAGGAGCCCGAAAAGCCCCAAGACAAAUGGCAACGACGCGUGGAGAAGUUCUGCAAGUGCUUUUGCUGUUUUACACACGGACUCGCUGAUGCCCUUCUUGGUGUGUUUGAGGCCUUUGUCAACAAGUCGAACACCAGCCACAGGAGGGACCCGAAAAAACCAAGCCGCUCUCGUCCAUCCCACAUGCUACGUUUGGGUUUGGGCUUCUUCGUUUUGCUGAGCACGGCAGUGUAUGGUGCCGGCAUCACCGCAAACAUGAUCCAAGCAAAAGAGGUGGAAGGCAAAUGCACAACAGCAAAUACUCUGAAGACCGCGUGUGCACUGGACGGACCAGUGAAAGCUGCUGCAGGCGAUGUGGACGUGACGGACAUGGCUCGAAAAGAAGAGAAUUCCACUGCUGUGCAGCGCCUUAUUGCUUGUAGGAGACGGAGCUUUUGGCAAGGAAUUGGCUUCCUUGCCAGUUUCGCAACAAGCUUUAGUCUCUUUAAGGUUACUUUUAGUGAGGCUUUCGAGUUCGAGACUCCUGAUGAUGAUCCUGGACAUUAUUGGGGCUUGCACAUCCCCAGCUUCUCUUUUGCUGUAGCUCAGUGUAUCAACAGCGUGGUGAACGUGGCCGGGGUUAUCCUCUUAUCGAAAGCAUACAGACUUUUUCGACUGCCUGGAUCUGCAAGGCCCCCCGCCCUCUCAUGGACUCCAUCCAGAUUUGGCUGCCAAGUGUGUCCCCGCUCUCACUUACGCCAUGACAGUGACACUGACACUGGCAUGAUAAAGGGGUCAGAUUGGGAAGCAAAGACUGAAGAACUGGCCAGCCGUGGGAUCUCUUUGUCAGACAUAUUGGAAUUUUACAGCAAUUUGGGCUUCGGCAUUAUGCCGUCCUUCCAGCCAGAUGUUCACACCACCAACGAUGUGGUUAGACUUGGAAUCAUUCCACGAACUUCUUCCGCUGGUAGCUCCUAUGCUGAGUUUGUGAACAAUGGCAAGAAGGUGAUUCCUAAGAAAAUGGUCACGCACAACUGGCAAAAUCUCUUCCGUGACCUGCUAGCUAGCGUCAUUGCUGAUGCUCUGGGAGAACACAACUUCGAGCUGAUUGCGAAGUUGUUAUCCGACAAGGAAGGGGUUGAGGUUGUGGAGCAAAUUCUCCAGGUUCAAGAGCGUCUUCAGGAAACCUACUGGAUCUGUGCGUUUUCAGUCAAUCAGCACGCUUCAAUUUGUGGAGGAAACCCCAACGGAGACGUCGAUCCAGUCACAAAAAUCCCACAUCCCAUAUGCACUUGCAACGCUCCAAAGUUCUUCAAUAAGGACCCACCAUUGAAUGAGCAUGGUGAGAGCAUCACGUGUGAGAUGAACAAAUUUGAUGACAUGAUGGCAUUUCUGGCACGAAAAGAUCCAAAUUUUACAGAGGUCAUUGCUGUGGAUGCCAACCUGGACCUAUUUGGGCGUGCGUGGUGUGUGGCGGAAUUGUUUGAAGCUCAUCGCAUGGGCAUGGCGCAGAACCUGAUGCUCAGGAACACUGCUACCUUGAUGACGAGGCAAAGCACCUUGCAAGACAUCAGGGUGGAAGAUAUGAAAGCCAGUCGUCCUGAAGAUGUGCAACAAAUUCUAGAAAAGAUCCCAGACAAGAAGGCAUUCAAUGAGAAGCUGCAAGAAUUGAUUUUCGAUGGGCAAGUAGGGCUAUUGGCUGCUCGCAAGAAGGCAGACGUGCUGGAACAAAUGGAAGACCUCUCUUAUGUGUUGAAAUGGGCAAGGCUUUCGGAGAGCACAGACGGCGGAGCACUCAUUUGGCGCAGAUGGAUCUGUGCAGCUUUACAUUCUUCGGCGCAUGGCAACGCUGAGUCGCUGAGGUGUGCACUGGACGGACCAGUGAAAGCUGCUGCAGGCGAUGUGGACGUGACGGACGUGCCUGGAUCACCAUCAGAACUUGAUUCGCCAAUCCGAAGCCGGGAUCAGAGCCAAACCUGGUGGAUUCAGAGAUGGACUCAUCGCACAUUUCUUUGUGUGGCCGUGAUUGUCGCCGCCUGCCUGUCUGGUGCACUUGUAUAUGCUCUUCAUGAUUCCUCUUCUUACAAGUCCGACUCCAUUUUUCUUGUUUGCUGUCUUAUUGCGAGCAAUGCGCUAGCUGGGGCAGCAGCUGUCUUGCUGUGGCUCAUUGCCCCAACGCAACACCUGCUUCUGGCAGCACGCUUUUUGAUUCUCAACUGGCUUGGAGGAUUAUGCUCCCUGUUUCUACUAAGGUUCAGGCUGGUUGUCUUGAUUUUUGAACUUCUGGGGCUGCAAUAUCUCGCCCAAGAUCGUUUGAAGAGUAUUUGGCCAGCUUUGAACUCCCCACGAUGGGGAGCAUGCCUUGGGCGAGCCUUUUGGCUUGAAUUUGCACUCCUGUCAUUUCUUUAUCCGACGGAGUUUUUGGUGGUGCCGAGGGUUAAUUUCGAUUUGAUCCUUGUGGUAAUAUUAUCCACUGCAGCACUCCUUGUAAUGCUUGUGUUCGUGAUGUGGGUCCUUGGCGUUGCCACCACGUUGUGCCGUGUAGUCUUGAUGCUUCGUCGAACCUUGCAGAUGGCUCGAAAAGAAGAGAAUUCCACUGCUGUGCAGCGCCUUAUUGCUUGUAGGAGACGGAGCUUUUGGCAAGGAAUUGGCUUCCUUGCCAGUUUCGCAACAAGCUUUAGUCUCUUUAAGGUUAUUUUUAGUGAGGCUUUCGAGUUCGAGACUCCUGAUGAUGAUCCUGGACAUUAUUGGGGCUUGCACAUCCCCAGCUUCUCUUUUGCUGUAGCUCAGUGUAUCAACAGUGUGGUGAACGUGGCCGGGGUUAUCCUCUUAUCGAAAGCAUACAGACUUUUUCGACUGCCUGGAUCUGCAAGGCCCCCCGCCCUCUCAUGGACUCCAUCCAGAUUUGGCUGCCAAGUGUGUCCCCGCUCUCACUUACGCCAUGACAGUGACACUGACACUGGCAUGAUAAAGGGGUCAGAUUGGGAAGCAAAGACUGAAGAACUGGCCAGCCGUGGGAUCUCUUUGUCAGACCUAUUGGAAUUUUACAGCAAUUUGGGCUUCGGCAUUAUGCCGUCCUUCCAGCCAGAUGUUCACACCACCAACGAUGUGGUUAGACUUGGAAUCAUUCCACGAACUUCUUCCGCUGGUAGCUCCUAUGCUGAGUUUGUGAACAAUGGCAAGAAGGUGAUUCCUAAGAAAAUGGUCACGCACAACUGGCAAAAUCUCUUCCGUGACCUGCUAGCUAGCGUCAUUGCUGAUGCUCUGGGAGAACACAACUUCGAGCUGAUUGCGAAGUUGUUAUCCGACAAGGAAGGGGUUGAGGUUGUGGAGCAAAUUCUCCAGGUUCAAGAGCGUCUUCAGGAAACCUACUGGAUCUGUGCGUUUUCAGUCAAUCAGCACGCUUCAAUUUGUGGAGGAAACCCCAACGGAGACGUCGAUCCAGUCACAAAAAUCCCACAUCCCAUAUGCACUUGCAACGCUCCAAAGUUCUUCAAUAAGGACCCACCAUUGAAUGAGCAUGGUGAGAGCAUCAAGUGUGAGAUGAACAAAUUUGAUGACAUGAUGGCAUUUCUGGCACGAAAAGAUCCAAAUUUAACAGAGGUCAUUGCUGUGGAUGCCAACCUGGACCUAUUUGGGCGUGCCUGGUGUGUGGCGGAAUUGUUUGAAGCUCAUCGCAUGGGCAUGGCGCAGAACCUGAUGCUCAGGAACACUGCUACCUUGAUGACGAGGCAAAGCACCUUGCAAGACAUCAGGGUGGAAGAUAUGAAAGCCAGUCGUCCUGAAGAUGUGCAACAAAUUCUAGAAAAGAUCCCAGACAAGAAGGCAUUCAAUGAGAAGCUGCAAGAAUUGAUUUUCGAUGGGCAAGUAGGGCUAUUGGCUGCUCGCAAGAAGGCAGACGUGCUGGAACAAAUGGAAGACCUCUCUUAUGUGUUGAAAUGGGCAAGGCUUUCGGAGAGCACAGACGGCGGAGCACUCAUUUGGCGCAGAUGGAUCUGCAGCUCAAGCUGA